ACAACUGCCCACCAUGGCAACAACCGUGUUCAGCGGCUACUCAAUAAUUCAAAGCAGUAGAUGUCAGCCUGAGGUGGAUAACAGCGCGAAGCAGGCGAAGGAAAAACCAUCCACAGCAACGCGGCACCGCGCAGUAGGUAAUGAGCUGCAAAGCGUGAAACAACAACCGUCCCAGCGACAGCAGGAGCCAUCCCGUGUGACGGACCGCGCCGAAGCAAACCCAGUGCGGACAGUACAGACGACACAGGCAGGAGCCAUCGGUGACACCAGUAGCAGCAGCCGGACGACCACACCAACCAACAGCAGCACCACCAUGAGCGCAUCAUCGUUCAACCGCGACCGUCUUGGGCAGUGGCCCGCCGAAACCGACGGCGAAAUUGCGGGCUCAAUCGCUGGCUUCGAUCGACUCCGGAAUGGAAAGUUCAAUAAGGGUCUGUCCUUCAGCAUCGAGGAGCGACAGGUGCUGGGCAUCCACGGGCUGAUGCCGGCGGUCGUCCGCACGGAGGAGGACCAGGUGCAGCACUCGCUGGAGCUGCUGAAGCACUACAACGAUCCGCUGAACAAGUACAUCUACCUGAUGGGGCUGCUCGAUCGGAACGAGCGUUUGUUCUACCGCGUGCUGGCGUCCAACAUCGGCGAUAUGAUGCCGCUCGUCUACACGCCGACAGUUGGGCUUGCGUGCCAGAAGUACAGCCUGAUCUACCAGCAGCCGAAGGGCAUGUACAUCACGAUCAACGACAAGGGUCACGUGUACGAGGUGUUGAAAAAUUGGCCAGAAACGGAUGUGCGCGCGAUCGUGGUGACGGACGGCGAGCGCAUACUCGGGCUCGGUGAUCUCGGCGCGAACGGGAUGGGCAUACCGGUGGGUAAGCUCGCACUCUACACCGCGCUCGCCGGCAUCAAGCCGAGCCAGUGCCUGCCGGUAACGCUGGACGUCGGUACGAACACGCAGAGCAUCCUGGACGAUCCGCUGUACGUGGGGCUGCGGCAUCGCCGCGUCACCGGUUCGGCGUACGACGAGUUCGUGCAGGAGUUUAUGGAGGCGGCCGUCCGCCGGUUUGGCCGCAACUGUCUGAUCCAGUUCGAGGACUUUGCCAACUCGAACGCGUUCCGGUUUUUGGACAAGUAUCGGCACGAUUACUGCACGUUCAACGAUGACAUCCAGGGUACGGCGUCGGUAGCGGUCGCUGGGCUGCUCGCAUCGUUGCGCAUCACGCGCACCAAGCUGGCAGAGAACCGGGUACUGUUCCAGGGCGCCGGUGAGGCUGCGCUCGGCAUUGCCGAACUGUGCGUGAUGGCGAUGAAGCGGGACGGGCUGAGCGAGGAGGAGGCACGCCAGCGCAUCUGGCUCGUCGACAGCAAGGGACUGAUCGUGAAGGACCGCCCGUCCGGUGGUAUCAGUGGCCACAAGCAUCACUUCGCCCACGAGCAUGCACCGGUCGGUACGCUGCUCGAGGCGGUCCGGGAGCUGAAACCGACCAUCCUGAUCGGUGCGGCCGCCAUUGCGGGCGCAUUCACACCGGAGGUGUUGCGCACGAUGGCAGCAAACAACGAGCGGCCCGUCAUCUUCGCCCUCUCGAACCCGACCAGCAAAGCGGAAUGUACGGCAGAGCAAGCGUACGAGCAUACGGACGGGCGGGCCGUGUUUGCGUCCGGCUCGCCGUUCGCACCGGUUACGCUCGGCGACCGAACGUUCUACCCCGGUCAGGGCAACAACUCGUACAUCUUUCCGGGCGUAGCGCUCGGCGUGCUGUGCGCCGGUGCGUCCACCAUCCCGGAGGAGAUAUUCCUGCUGUCCGCGCAGCGGCUGGCCGAAAUCGUCACGGACGACGAUCUGAACCGGGGCAGCCUGUAUCCGCCGCUGGAAAACAUCAAGGACUGCUCGAUCAAGAUCGCCACGCACAUCAUGGACUACGCGUACGCGGAAGGGUUGGCCUGCACGAAACCGGAACCGGACGACAAGGAAGCGUUCGUGCGCGCCCAGAUGUACGACGCCACCUACAAAUCGGCCGUCCCGUCGGUCUACACCUGGCCGAAGCUGUAAGGUCCCGUUUCUGUGC